GAGCUGUAAAUAUCACAAUGCAUGAAAGUUAAGAGAAGAGAUAAAAGAUGCACUGUUGCAUAAUAGAGAUGGGAGGCUCUGAUAUUAACGAUGUUGUUGGAUCACUUCUGCUUUGUUUUGUCAGCAAUGAAACAUUUAUAGUUUGGUGCAGUUUAUGGGCGGACAAUGUUAUCAAUCAGAUCAAACCUCAAAAAAUUCCAAAACUACCUUUAGCAUAUGUUUGGCUUUAGCAAAGUCAGUGCCGGUUUAGCAUACUAUGCCAACACUACCAGCCAAUGGAGAUAUCCCUUCUUACAAAGCAUUGUAUGAUUACUCAUUAGCAUGUUGUCUGUGUCACCCUUGUCAUGAAAGCAACUGGGUGAUCAUUAUAAAUAAAGCACACUUUUCAAACGGAUUGCACUACAAGCAAGCUUUCCUUCCUAUUUCUCUCAGAGUUGUUGCUGCUUUCAAGCUGUAACAUUCCAUUCGAGAGUCAUGGAUUUGAAAGCUGAGGAUAAGGUGGGAGAUGUUGAGUACCAAGCAGAUAAGACUACGAGACAAGGAGGAUAUAGAGCCACAUAUUUCAUCUUUGCAAUGAUGUUGUUAGAUAACAUAGGCUUUGUGGCCAACAUGGUGAGCUUGGUUUUAUAUUUCAUGAAUGUCAUACAUUUUGACUACUCUGGAUCUGCAACCACCACAACAAACUUGUUGGGUACUGCUUUCUUGCUGACGGUUCUUGGAGGCUUCGUCUCUGAUACUUAUAUGAAUCGCCUCAACACUUGCAUCCUCUUUGGCUUAAUUCAAUUGUUGGGAUACUCCCUACUUGUGAUUCAAUCUCACGACCAGAAACUUCAGCCUGAUCCAUGUUUAAAAUCAAGAUGUGUGCAUGGCACAAAGGCUUUGCUCUUUUACGCUUCAAUAUACUUGCUGGCACUUGGUGGUGGUGGAAUCAGAGGCUGUGUACCUGCUCUUGGAGCUGAUCAAUUUGACGAGAAGAAACCAAAAGAACGCGUACAACUAGCCAGUUUCUUCAAUUGGUUCUUGUUUAGCAUUACAGUUGGGGCCAGCAUAGGAGUCAUCUUUGUAGUUUAUGAGAGCACAGAACGUCAUUGGUACAUAGGUUUUAUCAUGUCUCUCACAUGUUCAGCUGCUGGUCUUCUUUGCAUUGUCUCGGGAAAGAAAUUCUAUCGUACCAGGGUGCCAGGAGAGAGUCCAUUGUUAAGUGUUUUACAGGUGCUGGUGGUCACAAUAAAGAAUUGGAGGGUGAAAGUACCCGUGGAUUCUGAUGAGUUGUAUGAAAUGCAAAGCCAUGACUCUAACUUCAUGAAAAAAAUCAUCCCUCACACUGACCAAUUCAGUGUUCUAGAUAAAGCUGCUGUUCUACCUGAAGGCAUGGAGGCAAGGAAAUGGAAAGUCUGCACAGUGACACAAGUUGAAGAAGUGAAGAUUCUGACAAGGAUGAUGCCUAUUCUUCUGAGUACCAUCAUCAUGAACACGUGCUUAGCCCAGUUGCAAACCUUCUCCAUCCAACAAGGAACCCUGAUGAACACAUACAUCGGCAAACUUAAAAUCCCAGCAGCUUCCAUUCCCAUAAUUCCUUUAGUAUUCAUGACCCUUUUGAUACCUGUCUACGAAUUUGUUUUUGUACCUUUAGUGAGGAGAAUCACCGGUCACCCCAAUGGAAUAACAGAGCUACAGAGAGUUGGGGUUGGCCUUGUUUUGUCAGCAAUCUCAAUGGUGAUAGCAGGGAUGAUAGAAGUGAAGAGGAAACACGAAUUCAAUGAUCACAAUGAGCACCGUAUCAGCCUCUUCUGGCUCUCUUUCCACUACGCAAUCUUUGGCAUAGCUGACAUGUUCACACUGGUGGGGUUGUUGGAGUUUUUCUACAAAGAAGCUCCUCAUGGCAUGCGUUCUCUUUCCACUUCAUUUUCUUUUCUUUCCUUAUCCAUUGGUUACUUCUUGAGCACAGCUUUUGUUGAGCUCAUCAACUUGGUAACUGGUAGAAUCGGAAAGAGCAAGAAAGGGUGGCUAGAGGGACGUGAUUUGAACCAAAACCAUGUCGAAUUAUUCUACUGGUUCUUGGCUAUACUCAGCCUCCUUAACUUUCUCGUUUAUCUGUUGUGUGCAAAGUGGUACAAAUACCAAAGCAGUGUACCAUUUGAGGAGAAGGGAAUGUUGCAGAAAGAUCCAGCACCUCCUAACCAUGAAAACAUGUCUGCUAGCUUUGUGUCCUCACUCCAAAACACUGCCUCCAAUGAAGAAGAUACACGACAAAGGUUUCACUGAUCAGAAACUAUUGUAUAGUUUAAACUCUAUGGAUUCACUUUCUAAUCACGCCAUCCCAAUUAAUUUAUGCAUGAGACUGUUAUAUUUUUACAAUUUAUUAAACAAAUAAUAAUGUGUCAUGUAAACAAUGUUCAAGAUCAUUGUUGUUACCAUGAUGUAUUUAUCGU